AUCGAUUCCAUUGGCUGCCUGCAGUCUACAUCAAACAACUAAGCAGGCAGCUACCGCCUCAGCCUUAAUUUUGAACUUCUCUUCUUCCAUUCUCAAACAUUCCAGAUUUUCUCCUCUUCUUCUUAUCUUUACAGCGUCUCCUCGAUAGCUGCUUGCUCGCCUCCCAAGUUCAGCGAAUAUUCUCUAGACCGCUUCUCCUCUCUCCCGUGCCUUUCGUAGGUCUUUAUCGAUAUCAUCUCCUCGCACGCGAUCUCCCUCUCUCUCCCCACCCCCGCUCCGGCUGUCCCAUCCGCACAUCCGCAGAGCUAUCGCCCGGUCCCUGCGUGUUCACCACUUAUCUUUGCUUGCUUGCUCGCUAGCUUGCUAGCUAUCGAAUAACCCAUAUUUGGGAGUUAUAGCUUUAUCUUAGAGCAAACAAACCAGCUCCAGUGCCAUCCAGUUCACUUCACUUCAUUUCAGUGCAAUGCAAUGAUGGAGCUUGAAUCUACUGAUAUCAACUUUUCCGUCACAUGGCUACUUGGUCUCAAGCCAAAAUCCACGUAUCCCUCAUGGGCAAGAGACUUUCUGACCGAUGAACCACACUUCCUUGUGAGCCGUCUUCUCGGCCUUCUUCCCACUCGCAAGCCCCGCCGGCGCUUGAGAAGGCGGCGCAAUCGUUCCAAGACUGUAAUUGUACCCGAGGAGCCUCUGAAGGAGGAUGAUCAAGAUGCCGACGACCAAAAUAUGGAUGGCUUUGGUCUAGGGAAAUUAUACGGUGAUAUUCCAUAUGAAACUGAUGAUGAUUCCGAGUCUGAAGCUGAGGACGCACCUGUGGUGGAAGAGGAGCCACCUGUCUUGGCAGAGCCAGCAUUCCUUGAACUAUGCAAGAUGAUGGAAGAGCUUCUGGAUGAAAUUGAAAAAUCACAGCAAGAAGACACCGACGACUCGGACAACGAAUCGAUAGACGGCCUAGAACCCGAAGCUUGCCAAGAUGAAUCCCCAUCAAGAAUCGAAUGGUUGCGACAAAAGAAGGUGGAAAAGGCAGAGAACAAAUACCUCGACCGAGUCAUGUCUUUAACCGGCCUCGAAGAAGUCAAGGCUUUCUUCUUACAAGCAAAGGCGAGAGUCAAGGCCGCUCAGAGGCGUGAGACCGAUCUGAAGAAAGAGAACUUUGAUGCAGUCUUCAUGGGAGGUGAGGGGACAGGCAAGACAAUGCUGGCUCGCCUCUAUGCCAAAUACCUGAUAUCUCUUGGCGUGGUGAAGAAGUCUGGUAUUUUCACUGGAAUCAACAGAUUCUCGGCAUAUAACAUGUCUAAAACAUCGACUUUGAGCACCAUACAUAACACAAGCAAUGCCUGCGGUGGCUGCGUAAGUGAAUAUCUUAUUACCAAGGCUAUGAAUCGCUAAUUUGCUUAGAUUGCCAUCAUUGACCACGCUCACCUAAUGAACAGCGACGAUUGUAAUCUCUGGAGCCUCUAUGUUCGCUCACAAGACCUGCCCGGAAAAGUUGUCCUCAUUAUAGCCGGCAAUGGCGAAUGGGGUUUGUCAGACUUGAUGGGUUACAGUGCUGAGGUUUCCAAUCACUUUCCUGUUCUGAAGUUGCCAAAUUACACAGCAGAAGAGCUCCAGAUGGUAUUCCAUGGCAUGAUGCGAAAGUGGUUCAAGGGCAAAAUGGAAGUCGAGGGCGGCUACGAUGGCCUGUAUGUCAAGAUUCUGAUCCGCAGAAUCGUUUCAGGGGCCAGCGAAAAGACAUUUGGUAAUAUCUGGCCAGUUAGAAAGGCAUUUCUCGAAGCUUGCAGGCGUCAAGUUGAACGCUUUAUUCAGGCUCGUAAGACAGGGAACUACCUGGAAGACUUCAGAAUGACCAAAGAAGACCUACUGGGCAACAAGCCUUCUCUUGGUCCCGAGAAGAGCCCUGCCUGGAAAGAGCUUCAACAACUUGUCGGGUUGGACGAUGUUAAGGAGUCGAUACUCGCUGUGGUCAACCAAGUCAACCAGAACUUUAUCCGAGAAAUGCGUGGCGACGAUCCUUUGCAUGUUUCACCAAACCGAGUCUUCUUGGGACCUCCAGGUACCGGCAAAACCACAGUUGCAAAGCUCUAUGGUAGAAUUCUCGCAGAUUUCGGCCUCUUGUCCAAGGGCGAUGUCGUCACGAAGACUCCAGCUGAUCUUCUGGAUCGCUAUAUCGGAGGAUCAGAGAACAACACGCAAGAAGCCCUCAGGGAAGCAAAGGGCAAUGUUCUGAUCAUAGAUGAUGCCCACAUGCUUGACCCAGGCACCAACGGAAGUGCUGGUAGUUCUAAGAACGGUGAUUUCAGAGGCGGGAUCAUCGACACGAUUGUUGCAGAGGUAACUGGAGCUGCUGGAGAGGAUCGAUGUGUUAUCCUCUGCGGUUACCCUGACCAGAUGAAGGAGUUGUAUGCAAAUGCCAACCCCGGUCUGGCCCGAAGAUUCCCGCUGGAUACUGCGUUUGUGUUUGAAAACUUCAGCGAGGAUACCUUGGGCAAGGUGUUAGACCUCAAGCUGGCAAAGGAGAAGCUGGUCGCCACCGACAAGGCCCGUGAGGUUGCUAUGGAGGUACUGAAGCGAGCCUCUGUUCGGCCAAACUUUGGCAAUGGCGGUGAGGUGGACAAUAUUUUAUCCAAGGCCAUCUCAGCACGUUUCCGUCGCAUUGCUAAAGAGAAGAAACCACAGGAUGAGGAUCUCGACCAAGUUCCUCUAGAACCUCAGGACUUUGAUGCCAACUACGAUCGGCUGUCACAAGCUGUGACAAACACGCGGGCCCUGUUCGACGAGUUUGUCGGCUUCGAGGAAAUCAUCUCCAAGUUCGAAUCGUACCAGUACAUGGUGCAAGGUAUGCGACUGCGCAAUGUCGACCCUCGGCCCUAUGUGCCGUUCACAUAUGUCUUCAAGGGUCCUCCCGGAACUGGAAAGACAUCGACCGCGAGAAAACUUGGCCAGAUCUUUUAUGACAUGGGCCUGCUUGCCGCACCAGAUGUCGUUGAUGUCUCAGCGUCACAGCUUGUUGGUGAAUAUUGUGGCCAAACUGGUCCCAAAACACGCCGACUGCUCGAAUCGGCACUCGGCAAAGUUCUCUUCAUAGACGAGGCAUACAGACUCAAUGGCGCUCGUGGAUCGUUUGCUGAAGAAGCAGUCAGCGAGCUUGUUGAUGCUGUGACAAAGCCUCAGUUUGCACGCAAGCUUAUCAUUGUGUUGGCAGGCUAUGAGGAGGACAUGGACCGUCUUCUGCGUAGCAACCAAGGCAUCAAGAGUCGGUUCGCUACCGAGUUCACUUUCCGCCCCCUUCGAACGGAGCAGUGUAUCGAGCAAUUACGACAAGUUGUUGGAAAGGUGGGCAUCACUAUUCAAGCUACACCAGAGAUGGAUACUACUACUCGCACAUCUUUGUUCUCACUGCUCCAGCGUUUGAGCAACGACAAAGGCUGGGCCAGUGGCCGCAGCAUCGAGACCCUCGGUGAGCGCCUGAUCGGACAUAUCUUUAAGGAAUGCGCCAUCAAGGGUUAUACCGGCAAGGACCUUAUUGUUUCAGGUCGUGAGCUGGUUACCAUCUUGGGACAGGCAUCGGGUGUUCCUUAUGCCAGCAUCAAGAUGCGAGGUGGUCAGAUCCCUAUGGGCGCCAAGGUGAUGACCCUUAAGGAUCUGGAGACAUCGGAGUAGAGGGGUAGACGGACGGAACGCGAUACUGGAAGAGGUUUUGAAACAGCGAUAUGUUUUCUUCAGCGUUUUACAUCGAAUCUGGCUAUUUUUGGUACGAGAAGGGGUGCAUCCAAGAGCAAGGCGAUAUCAGCAUUAGGUUGAAUCGGAGUUUUGGAGUAGCAUGUUUUUUCUCAACAGUUUAUCAACGUUAGCAACUAGCGAGCUACCGUAACGACAGUAAUGACUUUUGAACCACUCUAAAUUUGCUUCGAUUUAUUUGUGCAUCAUCUGUCACUGACUCUCCUGCUUCCGGGUGGUUGUUAAUCAUCACUCCAGUGUAAUGAUAUGGUGGAGGGGU